AUGGAUCCAACGUGCCAUUGUUUUCUGGAUCAUAGCUUAUUAGAGCCACCACUAAGUGGUGUAUUUCGUGAACUUAAUCUAUCAACUGUGUCUCUUCUGGCCAACGCUUCGAGCACUCCAAGUGGACAACACUCUCGUGGGUCUCUUGAAAGAGAGCUGGAUUCGCCUAUGCCCCCGCUCACCUACUCGAAGUUAGGAUUCUAUCCGAUUCGUCUCUUUCAAGGCUCUGAUGAAGAAAUCCCCAUGCUUGCCCUUAAACCAGGCUGUGCAUCCCGCUCACUAGAGGACGUUUCACACCAGCAAUACAAGACUGAAUUGCGGAGGAAUUCAGCUGGAUUGGAUUUACUUACAGCUAAGCGAUUACGGCAUAAUUCGGCUUCGCCACGAUUUCCUAUCUACUCAGUCAAAUCAGAACCGUUGAAGUUCAACAAGAAAGCACCAGAAACCACUAAUCCACUUUCUCAUCCCAAACCCUGUUAUGUAAUGCGGGUAAAUGUAACCGAUAAUUCCACCAGCACUAACACGGAAUAA